UGAAAACCCUACCAUAAAAUCAAUCAAUCAAUCAACAAUGUUAAUUCAUCCAACAAGCUUCGAUCUCUCAAAGAAUUGUUUGCGAAGUGAUAAUCGUCUGCCGGAGCCAUGCAGUCAUAGAGUCGUGAUUACUGCAAGAGCUGUUGCUUCCUUUCGACAAUCAAAUGACAAUCACGGAAUAUACAAAAUCAAAUGCAUUGGAUCAGAUACAGGAUCGAUUGUCAAGACGGCGGAAAUGGAACUGGAACCUAAAAUAGACAAUGGAGAUGGCGGCAAUGGAUGGUAUUCUUCUGGAGGAGAUGGAGGAGGAGGAGAUGGCGGUGGUGGCGAUGGCGAUGCUGAUGAGAAUGAGUUCGGUCCACUGGCGACAUUUCAGGAAGUAAUGAUGGAGACGGAAAAGCGCGGCGCUACUCUUCCUGCUGAUAUGUUGGAAGCUGCUAAGACGAUUGGAUUGCGUAGACUUGUUCUUACUCGAUACCUUGAUUUGCAGGGUUCAUCUUGGCCUUUGAGUUUUUUGAUGAAACAUUUUGGAAUGCUACGUAAUAGAAUGCUGGCUGAUCCUUCCUUUCUGUUUAAAGUUGGAACAGAGGUUGUUAUAGAUUCUUGUUGCGCAACUUUUGCGGAAGUUCAAAAAAGAGGAAAAGAUUUUUGGGCAGAAUUUGAGUUAUAUGCUGCAGAUCUUCUAGUAGGAAUUGUUGUUGAUGUUGCUUUGGUUGGUUUAUUGGCACCUUAUGUGCGAAUUGGAAAACCGUCAUCUAGAUCAGCUGGUCUAUUUGGAAGCAUUCGACAUGUUUGUUCAUCUCUUCCAAGCAGUGUUUUUGAGGCAGAAAGGCCCGGUAGUAAAUUCACGAUAAAGCAACGGAUUGCCACUUAUUUCUACAAGGGUGUCUUGUAUGGCUCAGUUGGUUUUGGUUGUGGUAUUAUUGGCCAAGGAAUUGCAAAUAUGAUCAUGACUGCCAAAAGAAACAUUAAGAAAUCAGAAGAAGAUGUCGCUAUCCCACCAUUAGUGAAAAGUGCUGCUCUUUGGGGUGUUUUUCUUGCGGUUUCUUCGAAUACUCGAUACCAAAUACUUAAUGGAUUGGAACAAGUGGUGGAAGCAUCUCCUCUUGCAAAGAGGGUGCCACCUGUUGCAUUGGCGUUUACUGUCGGUGUCAGGUUCGCGAACAAUAUCUAUGGAGGAAUGCAGUUCGUCGAUUGGGCCAAGUUGAGCGGAGUUCAGUAAUAACCAACUGCAUGAAUCAAAUGGAAUAAUUGUGUUUUUUGUUAUUUUUUUCCUUCAAUUUGGAUAUAGAAUAUAAGUUAUCUUUUAUUU